AAUAAUAAUAAUAAUAAUAAUAAUAAUAUAAAAUAAUAAUAAUAAUAAUUCUCAAAAGCAAGCUCAAUGGAGGCAACACCAUCAAGGCCAUAAACACCUGGGCCAUACCUGUCAUAAGAUAUGCUGCUGGCAUCAUAAACUGGACACAGGCGGAACUGGACAAUUUGGACAGAAAAACAAGAAAACUCAUGACCAUUCAUCAUUCACUGCACCCUCACAGUGAUGUUGACCGGCUAUAUCUGCCUAGAAGAUCAGGGGGCAGAGGACUCUUGCAAGUAAAACAAGCAGUCAAAGAAGAAGAACAUGCCCUGGCAGAAUAUGUCAAGCAAAGGGAAGAACUUGCUUUGAUUGAAGUCAAAAAUCAGAAACUCCUCAAAGCACAGCAGACAAAAAACCAGUACAAGAAAACCGCACUACAAACUAGAGCUGAAAGCUGGCACAACAAAAACAUUGCAUGGAAAGUUCCUUGACAAAACUGAUUUUGUGAUACGAAAUCCAGCAUAUCUAUCUUGUUUGCUGUGUCAUAAUAAAAUAAUAAUAAUAAUAAUAAUAAUAAUAAUAAUAAUAAUAAUAAUAAAGCAAAGUGAAGAACCUGCUUUGAUUGAAGUCAAAAAUCAGAAACUCCUCAAAGCACAGCAGACAAAAAAGCAGUACAAGAAAACCGCACUACAAACUAGAGCUGACGAAGCAUUGCAUGGAAAGUUCCUUGACAAAACUGAUUUUGUGAUACGAAAUCCAGCAUAUCUAUCUUGUUUGCUGUGUCAUAAUAAAAUAAUAAUAAUAAUAAUAAUUUUAUUUUUAAAUAAAAUAUUUAAAAAAAUAUUUUUAAAUAAUAUAUUUUAUUUUUAUUUGAUCAACGAUAUAGUCAUUCAAUAGAAACCGCCGUAUAAGAGUGAAACAGCGAGUUAAAAUAAUAAGAGAAUGGGCUAAGGCUGCCCCAACCAAGGAGGGGGAAGCAGCCAGGCCUUGAAGCUGCAAGGCCAUUCAGUGCUAAUCAAGGCGACCAGUGGCAACGUUCACACUUGCCUCCAGCAGACAAGAUUUAAACCCCACUUGCCUAGUUUCUGACAAACCUCACAACCUCCGAGAAUGCCCGCCAUAGAUGUGGGCGAAAAGUCAGGAGAGAAUGCUACCGGGACAGGGCUGGACAUCCCGGAAGACUCACUGCAACCCAGUGAUCCCGGCCGUGAAAACCUUCGACAGUACAUAAGACCUCACACACCUCUGAGGAUGCCCGCCGUAGAUGUGGGCGAAACAUCAGGAGAGAGUGCUACCGUGACAUGGCUGGACAGCCCACAAGACACACAGCAACCCACUGAUGCCAGCCGUGAAAGCCUUUGACAAUACAUAAGACCUCACACACCUCUGAGGAUGCCUGCCGUAGAUGUGGUUGAAAUGUCAGGAGAGAAUGCUACCGGGACAUGGCCAGACAGCCCAGAAGACUCACAGCAACCGAGUGAUCCCGGCUGUGAAAGCCUUCGACAAUACAAAGACCUCACAUAACCUAUGAGGAUGCCUGCUGUAGAUGUGGGCGAAAUGUCAGGAGAGAAUGCUUCUGGAACAGGGCUGGACUCACAUCAACCCAGUGAUUCCGGCCAUGACACAUUCCUUUUCUAUCCGUGACUAAAGUGAUACCAUAAGAACAGCAUUCGAAAGUGCCAGGAGAUGCUAAAUGUAGGCUCACGAAGGCUGGACGGCCAUCUGUCGGGAGGGAUCGGGUUGUGUCUUUCGACAAGGGGGCUUUUGGGGACUCUAGGAUCGUAUGAAAGGAAGAACGGCUCUCUUUGGAGACAAACAACAAAUAGAAAUGCCAAAGAGAAGAAAGAGAAGUUCAAAGGCCUAAGUAAACAAGAGCAAAAUAAUAUUAUUUUUUUACUCCUGGAAAGAGAGAUUGAGAGAAGGUGGGCAAUGCCUCCUACCUGUCCGGCACAAAGGCCCCGGGGUGGAGGCUCCGUAGUAGGACUUGUAGCGUCCCGGUCUCCAAGGCGAUGAGGACAAGGAGUUGCGUUGAGCUCUUGCACACGCUGAAGCAGCCAAGCAAGCGUGGCAGGGAGGGAAACCGGGCAAGGCUUCCUGGCCCAGCCAAGGCAUGGAUGGGGCUGUUUUGAGGUCAGGGUUGGAAGCCAACCUCACGCCGUUCAAGUCCGCAGUCCUCAAUGAGGAAGAGUUAGUGAGCUUUAGAAGAGGCCGAGGGGAUCCCUUCCUCCCUGGAGCCUGAAUGUCAGUCGGAAUGUCAUCUGUUUGAUGACGAUGAGAUCAGAACCAUAGAAGACCCCCAAAGGCCACCCAGCCCAACACUCUUCUGUCAGGAGAAGAUGGAGAUGGAGGAAGAGGAGAAGGAGAUGGAGAAAGAGAAGGAGAUGGAGAUGAAGAUGAAGGAGAUGAAGAAGGAGGAGAAGAAAUGGAGAUGAAGGAGAUGGUGAAAGAGAAGGAGAUGGAGAAGAAUGAGAUGCAGAUGGAGAAAGAGAAGAAGGAGGAGGAGGAAGAGAUGGAGAUGAAGAUGAAGGAGAUGGAGGAGAUGGAGAAGGAGAUGGAGAAGGAGAUGGAGAAGAAUGAGAUGCAGAUGGAGAAAGAGAAGAAGGAGGAGGAGGAAGAGAUGGAGAUGAAAAUGAAGGAGAUGGAGGAGAUGGAGAAGGAGAUGGAGAAGGAGAUGGAGAAGAAUGAGAUGCAGAUGGAGAAAGAGAAGAAGGAGGAGGAGGAAGAGAUGGAGAUGAAGAUGAAGGAGAUGGAGGAGAUGGAGAAGGAGAUGGAGAAGGAGAUGGAGAAGAAUGAGAUGCAGAUGGAGAAAGAGAAGGAGGAGGAGGAGGAAGAGAUGGAGAUGAAGAUGAAGGAGAUGGAGGAGAUGGAGAAGGAGAUGGAGAAGGAGAUGGAGAAGAAUGAGAUGCAGAUGGAGAAAGAGAAGAAGGAGGAGGAGGAAGAGAUGGAGAUGAAAAUGAAGGAGAUGGAGGAGAUGGAGAAGGAGAUGGAGAAGGAGAUGGAGAAGAAUGAGAUGCAGAUGGAGAAAGAGAAGGAGGAGGAGGAGGAAGAGAUGGAGAUGAAGAUGAAGGAGAUGGAGGAGAUGGAGAAGGAGAUGGAGAAGGAGAUGGAGAAGAAUGAGAUGCAGAUGGAGGCGGAGAUGGAAGAGAUGGAAAAGAAAGAGAUGGAGAAGGAGAUGGUGAGGAGAAGACAUGGAGAUGAAGGAGAUGGAGAAAGAGAAGGAGAUGGAGGAGGAGAUGGAGAUGAAGAUGAAGGAGAUGAAGAAGGAGGAGAAGAAAUGGAGAUGAAGGAGAUGGUGAAAGAGAAGGAGAUGGAGAAGAAUGAGAUGCAGAUGGAGAAAGAGAAGAAGGAGGAGGAGGAAGAGAUGGAGAUGAAGAUGAAGGAGAUGGAGGAGAUGGAGAAGGAGAUGGAGAAGAAUGAGAUGCAGAUGGAGGCGGAGAUGGAAAAGAAAGAGAUGGAGAAGGAGAUGGAGAAGAAUGAGAUGCAGAUGGAGGCGGAGAUGGAAGAGAUGGAAAAGAAAGAGAUGGAGAAGGAGAUGGUGGGGAGAAGACAUGGAGAUGAAGGAGAUGGAGAAGGAGAUGAAGAUGAAGGAGAAGGAGGAAGAAGGAGACGGAGAAGGAGAUGGAUAAGAAAGAGAUGAAGAAGGAGAAGGAGGAGGAAGAGGUGGAGAUGAAGAUGAAGGAGAUGGAGGAGAUGGAGAA